CUUUUUGAAAAGUGUCGCUAACGUAUUGUUUGUUCUCCAUCAAUCGAAUCCAACACCAACACUAACAUAUAUUGGUUUGGGUGUUUGAGUGCUAGUACUCGCAAGUGUUGUAUUGGAACGUAGUUAAGUGCGGUGCGGACUGUAACUGUGCAGUGGUAUUGCGUCCACGUUGUCGAUGUUUGUAUUAAUUUUUAAUGAUUUCGUUUUUGUUUUUUUUUUUUUUUAACUGGACAACCAUAACUGGGUGUCGCGCGCACUAACACAUCAGCUGUGGCAAUUUGUGAAGCGUAUAUUUUUAGAAAAAAAAAUAUAAAAAAAAAUAGAUUGAACUUCAAAAUGGCUUUGCUACAAGCUCACUAACUUGGAAAAGUUUUGCCAAAAUUACGCGUUUUUUGUGGCGUUGUGUUGCAUUUGAUGUCAAUUAUUAGCUACUUGACUUGGAGGGGAAUAUUUAUAGGUCUAUAAUAAAUAUAGAAAAAAUUAAAAAAUAAAAAUUAAGAUUUUUGCAUGUGAGCGCAACUUCGAUCAACAAAAAAUGUGCGCUCCACUACAGCAUCGAGCAAAAGUAAGCUAAAGUAUGCAUUUAAGUACUGAAUAACUAUUUCGAGUUCUUGCUUGGUUAUUAAACAUAAACGAAUAAAAUAUACAUAUUUAUAUGUUAAUUUGAAAAAAUAUCGUAUGAUAUAAAAAAGUUAAAAGAAUACUGGAACCUACUACUGUUGUGUAAGAAAAACUACUUGUGAAGAAAGAUGCAACAAAAUGAAUCGAAUAUUUUGAACUUGGCGAUAUUCUAAAACCGAAAAAGCUAUAUUUAAGAUCAACAGCUGAAUGUGAUAAAUACAGAAGCCAAUGAAUCAAAAUAAAAAAGACACGCUUCAAAUGAAGGCAAACAGCUGGAAGUGUUUUAUAAAUAGUAAUAGCAAAAACGGGCAAAAUGCAAUAAAAAAAAAAAUAAAAUAAAUUAAAUGAAGUAAAGUGUUAAUGAAAGCGCAGAAGGUAUCACAUAUCAUCGUAACAUUAAAAAAGAAAAAGAAAAGAAAAACAUGCACUGCUAACUAUUAAGUGUUUCCAACAAAAUAUAACUUAAUUUUUUAAUGCAUACACAUACAUAGAUACUUGUUCAUGCAGCAGGAAAGAAGCGAGCAAGUGAAGCGCGAAAUAACCCGUUCCGCUGUAAAUGAAAUUUUUGUGUUUAUUUUUUAUUUUUUGUUUUUUUUUUGUUUUCGAGUAGCUGAGAUGCAAAUGAAAUGAGCACGUGAACGUGACACCGCACGCCAGCGCAUGAUACACGUAACCUACAGUUCACCUAUGGCUGCGCGUAAACAAAAGUUUUAAAAUAUGUACAUAAAAUAAGUGAAUUUUUAGUGAAAAAGUAGUAGAUAUACGUAUGUAUGUGCACGCAUAGCUCAUACGGGCAGUGAAAUUUUUUACUUAAAAAAGUAAAAAAAAAAAAAAAUUAUUAAAAAAAUAUAUAAAAGUUGUGAAAAAUUCGCGAGCCAGCGUGUGUAAAAAUUUUAUUGAAAAAUAUUUAUCUACAAGUUUCAUAAUAACCAAGUAACCAUAAAACAGCAAAACCUACAUACAUACAUCCAUACAUAAGUCUAGGCGGCAACAGCAACAGCAACCGCAACCAUGAAUGCGGCGCAUAACAACAAUCGCCGCCGGCAACGCCAUAAGUUAGCAGGCGUUGCAGCCACACCACCUCGUCGGUCAUCAGCAAAAACGCCAGCCAUAUUUCUUACUGCGGCGACAUUAUAUUUAUGCCUGCAUAUUUGCUGCCAACUGCAGCUGGGCGAGGCACAUGUGGCGCUCACUUAUCCACCUGCGCGCAAAUACGAUUUGGACUUUUUGGAUAAUUCACGUACGAAGGGACCGUGUGGCAUGCCAAAAGGCACAAUACGCACAUCUUUGCUAUCCGGUUCAAAGUUUAAUGCCACUUGGCACUUAGCAUACCCGCAUAAGGGUGGCUUCCGCCUACAAUUACUUGACGAACUCGACCGGCCUGUGUUGGACCUGACGCCGCAUGUCAAUGAGUCGGAAUUCGUGCGCACUGAUGUUACUGCCCAGUCGUUUCAGGUUAGCAUACCCAAAGAUUUUGAAUGCCAUAACUGCACACUGCGCCUACUCCGCCAGGCUGACGAGUGGUCGGCUGGCUAUCGCUUUUGGUCGUGCGCCGAUGUUGACGUAAAGAAUCGCAAAGACUUCCGCGAGGCCUGUUCAGGCAAUGGAAAAUAUUUCCCAUCGCGUUGCAAGUGUGAGAAGAAUUACUAUGGGCCGAAUUGCCAGUACAGAGACGAAUGUUCCACCAAUCAAGACUGUGGCAGUCAAGGCAAAUGUAUCGACCUAGCGGGCACAUCACUGCCACGUAAACAGUGUUAUUGUAAUUUCGGCUGGUAUGGCAUUGGUUGCAACAAGAAAUCACCUUACCGGACCACCGAGUUGGAAAUGACUGCCUAUUCGAUGAAACAAUUAUCGCCUGAUUUUCGUCUCUACUGGCGUUUGCUGGAGGAGCUUAAAGAAAUUGAAGUGGUGCUCAAAGUAAAUGGCACAUCUUGGGUAGGUUUGGGUUGGCGACCGAAUUCGCUAAACGUGGAGUGUAAAAAUUUCCCGCUCAUACGUGAUAUCGGUGAUUUGAAGACUACUCUAACGCAAAAUGAACCAGUUGCCGUACCUGAGCCACAGCCAGAACCGGAACCAAGUGCCGAACCAGAACCAAAACCCGAGCCAGAGCCCACAGCAGAGCCUGAACCUAAAUCGGAGCCAGAGCCCCAACCAGAGCCAGAGCCAAAAUCGGAACCAGAACCAAAGCCAGAGCCUGAACCCACUGCUGAACCAGAAACCAUACCAGAACCUGAGCCGAGUUCUGAACCCACGCCAGAACCGGCAACAUCAACAAAGUCCAAACGCGUUGCUAAGCAUGAAGAUGAUAUAUUGCAAAAUAUGGAGGGUGUUACCUCAGUAGCUACUAGCGUUUCAUACCGCGUGAGCUCCUCAGCAGGACGUAGGAGACGUCAAGCACCAGAAACGAUCAAUGAUAAUUAUCCUGAACCAACGCCUGCACCUGAACCGCGGGCAGAACCUGAACCCGUCGCUGAACCGGAACCAAAAUCAGAGCCGGAGCCAAAACCUGAACCGGAGCCGAAAUCAGAGCCGGAACCAAAACCUGAACCAGAACCAAAGUCAGAGCCCGAGCCAAAAUCUGUGCCAGAGCCAAAGCCAGAACCCGAACCAAAAUCAGAACAUGAACCAAAGUCUGAGCCGGAGCCAAAGGCUGAACCAGAGCCAAAGCCUGAACCAGAACCAUCCCCGGAACCAGAACCUUCUUCUGUGCCGGAACCGUCUUCCGAACCGGAGCCUGCACCUGAACCAACUGCGGAGCCGGAACCGAAAGCGGUGCCAGAGCCUUCGGCCGAACCACAGCCACACGCUAAAAAUCAGCUUAAUUCCAAGCAAGCUAUUACCAAGAGUGAACCGAAGUUAAGACUGAACCCCUACACGCCCAAAUUCGACUUCAAUCCCAUGGAUUGCACUGAUAUAGUUAUAGGUUCGGCGCGUGGUAUGGCCAGUCGUGUUGGCGACUAUUAUACGCGCGAUCGUUCGACGCCACGAAGAGAUGAAUUUUACGGUGGUAAAUCGGAUCUCUCGCUCGGUACGGGCUUUGAAGAGAAUGGUACUACCACUAUCAUAUUCCGCAAGAAGCUUGUGGCUACUGAACCUACCGACCACACACUGGACGACACGUUGACGCAUGUGAUCUGGGCGAAGGGUCAGGAGCCCGGACAAUAUGUGCACAUACCAGCUUCUGGGAUCGAAACGGAAACAGCAUCGGUGAAGGAUUUCUAUCAACCGGACGAGUUGAAAUAUCAUGGACACAGAAUGCAACGUGGCGUUACACAACUGAAUUUCUUUGAGAAGGAAAAGACUGCCGCAGCAGAUGGGGUAACGGACGCUUCUACAAAUUUGCUAGACAACGAUUGCCUGGGCCAUUGGAAAUUCCCCAGCGAUUGUUCGCCUGAAAAUCACACUUGCGAAUACUACGCUCGUUGGGAGACUGUGGGUCGCGGCGAUGUAAUGCGUUGGUACAUCGAGACGUCCAAUACACAAACCUGGACUGGCAUUGGUUUCAGCGGUGAUGAGAAGAUGUCGCAAACAGACGCCAUUAUCGGUUGGGUAGAUCGCAAUGGACGUCCUUUCCUAAUGGAUACAUGGAUUAAUGGUUACGGCGCGCCGAAAUUAGAUGUGCGGCAGGACAUAAUCGGCACACCUACAGGCCGCAUCGAGCAUGGUGUGACGAUUUUGGAAUUCGAUCGCAAGCGCGUUAGCAAUGAUGAGCAGGACUUAUCAUUCACCGAUGAUCAUUGUCUUUAUCUAUUCUUUCCUGUAUUGGGUGGGGCAUUCCAUGCUGUCAACAAGAAAAUGGCCAAGCACGAACGCACGCCAACCAUUUCUGCCACGCGUGUGUGCAUUAAGUCCUGCGGCAAGGAACUGGAAAGCGUUUUUAAUACCGCAACGCCAGCGCCAAAUCGACUUGUGUAUGCUGUUGGUGUAAAACUCAUGAAUCUGGCUGAGUCGUUUGAAGCACCACAACCGGGUACCGUGGAGUUCAACAACUUGGCCGCCACUAUCUCAGACUCCUUCAAUGGCAUUCUCAACAAUAUUCCUGGUUACUAUAAGACGGAAAUUGUGGGCUUUGAAAAACAAGGCACAACAAUGGUGGCUAAAUUGCAAGCCAUGUUCGAUAAAGCCGACUAUGAGAAGGGCAAUGCGUUGGCAACCAAUACAGUAGGUGCGGAUAAUAGUGAAUCGGCAAAGAAUGGUGAUAUUGUAAAGGCAGCCCUGCAAGAUAAAAUUGCCACAGGCAAAGUGGGCUCACUGACGGUGGAUCCACAAUUCUUAGACUUCGAGGCAUUGGAAUAUAAAACAGCCAAUAAGGAUGACGAAACCUUACUUUCGUUCUUCGAACUCUCCGAAGUACGAUUGUACAUAGUGCUGGGCUUGAUAGCCGCUUUGGUAUUCAUUGCAUUGGUGCAAGCGAUCUGCACCAUCUGCAAGACAUCACGUAAAAAUAAAACACAAAAGGACAAACUCAUACAAAAUUCGCCUUGGAAAGAAUUCGCUUCGAACACCAACUACGCAUUCGACCCAUAUGGCGAAACUGAAGAGAAAAACAUCACAACAUCCUCGAGUGUCGUCGCCACGGGCAAAGAUAAGUUACGUAGUCGCUCUUCCAAUACGAACAGCCAACAAACCACGCUGCCCAUGUCCCAUUCACCCACCAGCAAAUCUCAACUCUACUACGACGGUUCUAACGGUCAUAGUGGCGGCAGUGGUCAUCACUCGCGCAGCCGCAAUCGGUAUGAUAACGGUACGCAUGAUUAUCGCAGCAAUGGACGCGUGCAGCGUAGCACCGGAAACAUUGCAGUUACAGCCACUGAGAAUGGCGGGGGACAUUACGAUCGCUAUGAGCGCGAUCGCAGCAAUGAUCGCAGCGCCGGUCCCUACACGCGUAGCUCUUAUGCUGAACGCGCCUACUCGUUGCCUCGUCAGCAGGCGCAACAACAACACCAUGCCAAUAUGCAGCCCUCUGGCUAUUACACGCAAGAGCGACGCGGCCAUCGUUCCAGCACGGCAGCAGCAGGAGGCGCGCCUGCGCGCGAAGAACGCAACAGUCGGCAUUAUCGCGAUGGUUCGCGUUCACGAGAAGAUCCACGUAUGAGCGCUAGCGGUGGCGCCGAUACGCCGGAUUUCUAUUUUAUGCCGUCACAGCGCAAGUACUCGGGUGAAGUGGUGCGAGUGUACGUGGACUAUAAUAAGGAUCCGAAUCAUUGAAGAGUAGCGCAAUGAGGUUGGUGGACGAUGGUACUGGAAAAGAGUGGGUUGUGGAAAUGUUGAGAAGAAAUACGGGAUGUGUCAAUAUUGUGUGCACAUACAGAAAAAUUGAAAUCGCACAACGGGUGUUUGGAAAAGGCGUGGAAAAUAUACAUACAUACAUAGUAGUUAUGUAUGUAUGUACAUAGAAAUUAAAAUGACAAAAUGCGUAGACGUUUAUAAAUGUCGAAAAUGUCUUAAGCGAAUCCAAUCAUCUUCUGUUGCUGCAUUAAUCGUUAUUUGUGCGCGUGUGUACGAUCUUACUUUCGUACUGCAUUGAGCGUUAAGGUCGUUGCGUAAGGGGUAUACUAGCAGCUCAAAAAAUACCUCAAACAAAAUGGAAAAAUCUAGAAGCGAGUUAUUUAUGAAAAAUAAAUAUAAAAAUACAUAAGUACAUAUAUUAAAUAGUAUGCAGUAAAGUACAACACAAUAAAGCAACUAGAGCUCCACACCAAACUUUUAAAUCAUUCAGACUUUAUAUGUACAGUAAGGUGUAUCACUCUUCAUAAAAACAAAAUAAUGUCGUUUUUUCGCCGAAGUUAUAAAAUGUAUAAUAUUUUAAGAUUUCCGCCGAAAUAUUUCGAAAAAAUAUUAAGAUUUGCGUGAGCUGGACUCAUUUGGAAAUACCUUAAAAAAUCGAGUUUUUUUAAUAAAUUUAGUUCUUUAAAAUAAUCUUUCUAUCUCAGAUCAUAGGAGAACUUAAACCUAAAAGGUCUGCUUGCGAAAAUGACGAGUUUUUAGGAGGUAUAUUCAAAAGGGUCCAGCUCAGGUAAAUUUUAAUAUUUUGCCGAAAUAUUUCGGCGGAAGUUUUAAAGUAAAGUAAAAUAAAUUUUAGAUCUUCGGUGAAAAAAACUAUAUUUUUUUGGUUAUGCACCCUAAUGUACAGCUAUAAGUAUUACAAGCUGAAUAAAACGCUGAACGUCUGCAAAGCUUGGGCGAAAUUCUAAUCUAACAAUAUUUUUUUUUUUAACUCAGCUCAUAAAAUAAGGGUAUUCUUGAUAUGCAUAUUAGUUUGAAAAAAAUUUAAAAAAAAUAUGAAAAAAGGGUGCUGAAGUUACAUUUUUACUUUAGAGUGGAACUCCACAAAAAGGCUUUCAGCACUUUAUUUAGCUAUAAGUUUUGUAUUGCGGCGAAUGCGCUGAAAGCCAUAACGUCUGAAAGCUUCGGUGUGAACUUUAUUUGGUAAAAUAUAUAGUUUGAAUGCACCUUCUUGGUAAACAAAAAAAAAAAAAAUGACUAAGUUAUAAGAUUCACAAAAAAAAUUAUUGAAGCUUUCGCAAACCCAGUUUGAAUACCCCUACUAAUAUAAAAGUCGUCGUUAUACAGAGAAAUAUUCAAUAAAAAAGUGCUGAGAUUUUAUACGUCAGUAGUCAUAUUUUCAUAAAAUUACUAAAAAAUAUAUAUAUGCAAGAGCGCCUUUGAAAUGAGUUUAAAUAUUAAGAAUAAAUUUAUAUAUUUAAAAUAAUAACUUAUAUACAUUAGGGUGCAUCACUUUCCAUACAAAAACGGUACUCUUUCUCCAGCGGCAAUAUAAAAUGUAUUCUAUUUUAAAAGUACCGCCAAAAUAUUUCGGAAAAAUAUUAAGAUUUACGCGAGCUGGACCUAUUGGAAAAUGCCUCCAAAAGCCCAUUUUUUUAUAAAUAAACAUAGAUUCCAAAAAUAUUCUUUCUCCUCAGAUGGUAGAAGAGAUUAAGCAUACAAAUUUUUAAAAAUUGUAUCAAUAUAAUCAAAAAACUAAGGAGAUUUUCGUAGAUAUUUUUUUUCAAAUCGGUCUAGC